AUGCCAGAGCAAGAUGAAUUCACCGACAGCACAGACUGGCUUCCCACGCCGCUCGCCGCCCUUGCCCCGCUCGACUCGUCCCUGCGAUGUCAAGUCUGCAAGGACUUCUUCACCACGCCCAUGAUGACGAGCUGUUCGCACACUUUCUGCAGCCUGUGUAUACGACGGUACCUGUCGCAAGAAGGUCGAUGUCCCGCAUGCAGAGAGUCUGACCAGGAGAUCAAGUUGCGGAGGAACUGGGCCGUGGAGGAGUUGGUCGCGAAUUUCACGGCCUCACGGAAAAGCAUCCUGGCGUUUGCCGCUGCUGCAGCCGAGAAAGCCCAGCAGCAGCAGCAGGAUGGGGUGGAGCAGCAGAGACCUAGCAAGAGGCGGAAGGUGGAGGUGGCGCCCACGACAACAAACGGCACGGAGAGGCGAAGUACUCGAAGUCAGAGUCGGAAGAGUCAACAGAACGCACCCGCACAGGCGGCGGCGCAGGAAGUCGUCAUCGGUGACAGCGAAGAUGAUGACGAGGGAAGUGUGUUUGAGGAUCCUGAAGACAAUGACCAAAGCCCACAUUUCGCGACCGCCAAUGGCACCACGCAGUCGCACGACGGUCUCGUCGAGUGUCCCUGUUGCGGCCGGCGGGUGAAAGAAGCACUCAUAAACUCCCAUCUCGACCGGUGCAUACAAGGCGACAGCUCUACGCCCGUUGAGACGGGCGUCUCCUCAUCUUCUCCUGGCCCAUGCAGCGGUCGUCCGGGCCAAGUCGCUCCACCAGGCACGAUUGCCUACUCUCAGCGAAAGCCGGCGCCACAGACCGAGCGACUGCCGUUCAUAAAUUACUCCCUCUUCAGCGACGCGAAGCUCCGGCAAAAGCUAAAAGAACUCGGCAUCCCGAACCACGGCUCCAAGGACCUCAUGCGCAGGCGGCACACCGAAUGGGUGAACCUGUGGAACGCGAACUGCGACUCAACCACCCCUGACAGUAAACGGCAUUUGCUAAGGGAACUCAAGGUGUGGGAGGAUACCCUGGGCCGUCAGCUGGAAAGACCAACCACAAACGCGGGCUUCAUGGCCAAAGACUUCGACCGCGGCACACAUGUCCGCGCUCAGAAGGGCAAUUUCGACGACCUGAUCAGGCAGGCUAAGGAGAGGGCGAAACUCAAUGCCACGAAACGGUCCGAGGACAAGGACAUGACUUCGGCGGUCGAGGACGAGACGACCACGCCAGAAACGAUAUCAGAUACGCAGAUCAAGCCUGUGAAUCCCAGACGGCCUCAAGCUCACCAUCAUUCCGAGCCUGACGCAACGUAUCCACACCGGGCUGUCGAGCAAGGUGCCGCGUCGCAGUCAGAUAUGGAACAUGCGCUUGCGAAGCCUGCGGAUGAGGCUCGAUCAGGUCUGCUAGACGGCGGUGCUGCAGAGCCGGGAAUUGAGAUUUCAGCGCCCCAACCUGUGCCCGGCGCUCCGGGUGAACCAUCGGCUCUCCAGAAUGGGGCGGAUACCGCGCCACGCACGCCUUCAAGACGGUUCUUCGUCUAA